UCUUAUUCAAUAAUCGCUCCUCAGCUUCUCCAUCCAAUCCAAUGCCAGUCGAUCGCUACCGCAUUACGGGUCCCGAAACGACCUUCCCACUGUCGACACUCGCACCGCCACCACCACCAUCAUCAUCAUCAUCAUCAUCAUCAUCAUUAGCAGGCUCAUCAACAGCAGUGUCGCGGCCUGACGGUCGCCCCGCUGCCCAGCUCCGGCCAAUCUACAUGUCCACGGGCACCGUGUCGCACGCGAACGGGUCGGCGUACCUCGAGCUGGCAGGCACCCGCGUCAUGGCUGCAGUGUAUGGACCGCGCGAGAACACCCGCGCGGGUGGUCUGCAGCAGUUCAAUGAGCAGGCAGUGCUCCAGUGCGACGUUGCGCGCGCUCCGUUCGCAUCCCCGCGCGACGAUGCAAGGAUUGGCACCGACGCAAACACGAGUGCUGCCGCUGCAGACAGGCAGUUUGCAACAAGCGUCGCGACAGCUCUGCAAUCGUCCGUACGGCUCGAAAAGUACGCCAAGAGCUCGAUUGACCUAUUCGUGACGAUCAUUGGCGACGAUGGCGGUGCGCUUGCUGCGUCCAUCAACUGCUGCACACUGGCUCUUGCGGAUGCUGGCAUCGAAAUGAAUGACAUGGUCACCGCCGCUUCAGUGGCCCUUGCUGCAAACACAAACAUCGUGCUGUGGGACCCAACGCAUCUGGAAGAAUCGCGAGCUUCCGCUAUUGCCACACAAGCGCUUCGCGUCAGCGACAACCUCGUCACCUUGUUAGAUCAAUCUGGAGAAUCAUCGUUGAAGCUUUCAGUCAAGGCGCUGGAAGCAUGCUCCAGCAUGUCUGUGCAACUCCAUGGCUUGAUGCAACAAACUCUGGUCAGCAGCUUGCUCGAGCGACGGAAGCAACAGCUUUUGCCAUGAUCAAUGGGUUUUCUCUAUUGUUUUUGGUUUCCAAUGCAACAACCCCCAGCUCUCC